AUGAUCCUUUGUCUUCUAGGAGACAAGGUUAUCCCACUCUGUCUCCCACAGUGUGGAAAGUGCUCUUCUUGCAUAAACCCCAAUGGCAAUUUCUGUGUGAAGACUGAUAUUACAGGUAAGGGAGUAUUGUCUGAUGGCACAAGCAGAUUUACCUGCAAAGGGAAGCCGGUCCAUCACUUCUCCAGCACCAGUACCUUCACUGAGUACACAGUGGUGGAAGAAAUUGCAGUUACCAAAAUCGAUGCCAAUGCUCCACUAGAGAAGACUUGUUUGAUUGGCUGUGGAUUCUCCACUGGUUAUGGGGCUGCAAUGAAGACUGCCAAGGUCACCCCUGGAUCUACUUGUGCUGUCUUUGGGCUGGGAGGAGUCGGCCUCUCAGUUAUUAUAGGCUGUAAAGUUGCUGGUGCCUCCCGGAUCAUUGGAGUUGACCUUAACAAAAAUAAAUUUGAGAAAGCCAAGGCUGUAGGAGCCACUGAAUGCAUCAGCCCUAAGGACUAUACAAAGCCCAUCAGUGAAGUACUGAAGGAAAUGACUGGCGAUUCUGUGGGGUAUACCUUUGAGGCCAUUGGGCUCCUCGAAACCAUGACCGAUGCCCUGGCUUCCUGCCAUAUGAGUUAUGGGACCAGUGUGAUAGUAGGUCUUCCACCAUCAGUUACAAUGUGCACCUUUGAUCCAAUGCUGUUGUUUACCGGACGCACCUGGAAAGGAAGUACUUUUGGAGGUUGGAAAAGCAAAGAUGACCUCCCCAAAAUAGUGACUGACUUCUUGGCAAAGAAAUUUGACUUCGAUGAAUUAAUAACCCAUGUUUUACCUUUUUAUGAAAUUGAAGAAGGAUUUAAUCUGCUCUACAAAGGAGAAAGCAUUCGAGCAGUGCUGGUGAUGUGAGCUCCUAAGGAACAGGAGGUACACAGGGAUCCUUCCCAGAUUCUUUCUGUGAAAUUUUGCUUUCAUAUAAUAACAACAGAGCAUGUACACCUCUCUCCUAUGGGACAAGCACAAAACAAAAAUCAAGUUUGUUGGA